AUGCCUCUCAUUAAACCGCUAACUAUAUUAAUACUAAUAUUUACACAUUUUGUAAAUGCUUUAGAUAUCUCAACUUGUUUCAGUCUAUGGGGUUCUACUUUUUUUCAUGAAUCUGUAACUGUCGAGCCAAACACAGGUCUAACGCUUCAGACGGGUUUAUGGCAUUUUUUUUGGAGAUCAGUUAUUAAUGAAGGUGACCUAUUUAUUAGGGAAACAAAUGACCUAUUAUUAGGUACGUCAAUAAAUUUCUUCAGCGAAACUACUAAUGAGGGCGAUAUUGUUGUUGAUGAUACUAAUGCUAUUACAGCAGGAACUAUUUCAUUUUCUGAUACUACAUAUAACUUUGGAAAUAUAUGGUUUGCAGGAAAAAACACUGUAUUAACCUCAGUAUCUUUUUCCAUGACUGGUAAGAUAAUUGAAAAUACUGGUCUUAUUUAUGUAAAACAGACAAAUACAGGAAAUUCAGGAGGCUCCUUUACAAUGGGUAAAUCAUCCUCAACUGUCACAAAUGAUGGUACUCUUUGUGCUGAAGAAGUUACUCUUUCUCCAGGUACCACUAUUUCUGGCGCUGGCUGUAUAACGUUACUAAGCGGUAGUACACUAAACAUAGAUGACAUCAAAUCAUAUCCAUUGAGCAGCCAAACUAUUUAUAUGAAUAGUACAUCUGCACUCAUUUACAUCACACAUAAAUCAACUACUGCCAGUUUAACCAUAGCUGGGUUUGGUGGAUCUAAUAAAAUACAGCUUAGCCAAAGUAUCAAUACAUAUUCGUAUGUCGCAAGCUCUGGUACACUAAUUGUGAUUUCAAACACGGUGCUUCUGGGGACCCUAUCAUUGCAUCUUAACAUCGGGAAAGGCUAUGAAAGCUCCGGAUUCUCUGCGUCAGCAGCACCGGAUACUUCGCUACCGGAUGCCUGCAGCACAUGUUUAGCCCUCCCUAUGGAAAAAAAUUUUUGUUCUGGCUCAUCGGUCUCGUCCAUGUCCAAUACUUUCACCGACGAUUCGGAAGAAUCUACCACGUAUGAAAUAUCUUAUAGCAGUUCUGAUACACUGUCGUACACAGUUAGCACGUCAGACUACUCAAGUAGUUUCUCCUCUAUCACUAACCCAAGUGAAACAACCGACAUAUCAUCUACUCCAAGCUCCAAAUCCGCAAGUGAAUCCCCUUCAGAAACAUCUUUUCUUUCCAGUGUCAAUUAUGAUACAACUACUAACUCUCUAGACGCUACUGUUACUGGAUCACUCUCCGGCACUAACUCAGUUGAUCCAACAGCCACUGGAUCAUACUCUGGCUCUAACUCAGUUGAUCCAACAGCCACUGGAUCAUACUCUGGCUCUAACUCAGUUGAUCCAACAGCCACUGGAUCAUACUCUGGCUCUAACUCAGUUGAUCCAACAGCCACUGGUUCUUACUCUGGUUCUAACUCUCUAGACGCUACUGCUACUGGAUCACUCUCUGGCUCUAACUCAGUUGAUCCAACAGCCACUGGUUCAUACUCCGGCACUAACUCUCUAGAUGCUACUGCCACUGGAUCAUACUCUGGCACUAACUCUCUAGACGCUACAGCCACUGGAUCAUACUCUGGUUCCAACUCUCUAGACGCUACAGCCACUGGAUCAUACUCUGGUUCCAACUCUCUAGACGCUACUGCCACUGGAUCAUACUCUGGUUCCAACUCUCUAGACGCAACAGCCACUGGAUCACUCUCCGGCACUAACUCUCUAGACGCAACAGCCACUGGUUCAUACUCUAGUUCCAACUCUGUAGACGCUACUGCCACUGGUUCAUACUCUGGUUCCAACUCUGUAGACGCUACAGCCACUGGAUCAUACUCUGGCACUAACUCUCUAGACGCGACUGCCACUGGAUCAUACUCUGGCACUAACUCUCUAGACGCUACAGCCACUGGAUCAUACUCUGGUUCCAACUCUCUAGAUGCUACUGCCACUGGAUCAUACUCUGGCACUAACUCUCUAGACGCAACAGCCACUGGAUCAUACUCUGGUUCCAACUCUCUAGAUGCAACUGUCACUGGAUCACUCUCCGGCACUAACUCUCUAGACGCAACUGCCACUGGUUCAUACUCUGGUUCUAACUCUCUAGACGCUACUGCCACUGGAUCAUACUCUGGUUCUAACUCUCUAGACGCUACUGCCACUGGAUCAUACUCUGGCACUAACUCUCUAGACGCAACAGCCACUGGAUCAUACUCUGGUUCCAACUCUCUAGACGCUACUGCCACUGGAUCAUACUCUGUCACUAACUCUCUAGACGCUACAGCCACUGGUUCAUACUCUGGUUCUAACUCUCUAGACGCUACUGCCACUGGUUCAUACUCUGGUUCCAACUCUCUAGACGCAACUGCCACUGGUUCUUACUCCGGCACUAACUCAAUUGACAGUACAGCUACCAAUUCACAGUCUGGAACAGUGAUAUUGACGCCAAGCUCAACCAAUUCUUAUUCUGGUUCUAACUCUCUAGACGCUACAGCCACUGGAUCAUACUCUGGUUCCAACUCUCUAGACGCUACUUUCACUGGAUCAUACUCUGGUUCCAACUCUGUAGACGCUACAGCCACUGGUUCAUACUCUGGCACUAACUCUGUAGACGCAACUGCCACUGGUUCAUACUCUGGCACUAACUCUGUAGACGCUACUGCCACUGGUUCUUACUCUGGUUCUAACUCUCUAGACGCAACUGCCACUGGAUCAUACUCUGGCACUAACUCAAUUGACAGUACAGCUACCAAUUCACAGUCUGGAACAGUGAUAUUGACGCCAAGCUCAACCAAUUCUUAUUCUGGUUCUAACUCUCUAGACGCUACAGCCACUGGAUCAUACUCUGGUUCCAACUCUCUAGACGCAACUGCCACUGGUUCUUACUCUGGUUCUAACUCUCUAGACGCUACUGCCACUGGAUCAUACUCUGGCACUAACUCUGUAGACGCUACAGCCACUGGAUUAUACUCUGGUUCCAACUCUCUAGACGCAACUGCCACUGGUUCUUACUCUGGUUCCAACUCUCUAGACGCUACUGCCACUGGAUCAUACUCUGGCACUAACUCUCUAGACGCUACUGCCACUGGAUCAUACUCUAGUUCCAACUCUGUAGACGCUACUGCCACUGGUUCAUACUCCGGCACUAACUCAAUUGACAGUACAGCUACCAAUUCACAGUCUGGAACAGUGAUAUUGACGCCAAGCUCAACCAAUUCUUAUUCUGGUUCUAACUCUCUAGACGCUACAGCCACUGGAUCAUACUCUGGUUCCAACUCUCUAUACUCUGGCACUAACUCUGUAGACGCUACUGCCACUGGUUCAUACUCUGGUUCCAACUCUGUAGAUGCUACUGCCACUGGAUCACUCUCUGGCUCUAACUCAGUUGAUCCAACAGCCACUGGUUCAUACUCCGGCACUAACUCUCUAGAUGCUACUGCCACUGGAUCAUACUCCGGCACUAACUCUCUAGACGCUACUGCCACUGGAUCAUACUCCGGCACUAACUCUCUAGAUGCUACAGCCACUGGUUCAUACUCCGGCACUAACUCUCUAGACGCUACUGCCACUGGAUCAUACUCGGGCUCUAACUCAGUUGAUCCAACAGCCACUGGAUCAUACUCCGGCACUAACUCUCUAGAUGCUACUGCCACUGGAUCACUCUCUGGCUCUAACUCAGUUGAUCCAACAGCCACUGGUUCAUACUCCGGCACUAACUCUCUAGACGCUACUGCUACUGGAUCACUCUCUGGCACUAACUCUCUAGACGCUACUGCCACUGGAUCACUCUCUGGCUCUAACUCUCUAGACGCUACUGCUACUGGAUCACUCUCUGGCUCUAACUCAGUAGAUGCUUCUGCCACUGGAUCACUCUCUGGCACUAACUCUCUAGAUGCUACUGCCACUGGAUCAUACUCCGGCACUAACUCUCUAGAUGCUACUGCCACUGGUUCUUACUCUGGUUCCAACUCUCUAGACGCAACUGCCACUGGUUCUUACUCUGGUUCCAACUCUCUAGACGCAACUGCCACUGGAUCAUACUCUGGCACUAACUCUGUAGACGCAACUGUCACUGGAUCAUACUCUAGUUCUAACUCUCUAGACGCUACUGCCACUGGAUCACUCUCCGGCACUAACUCUCUAGACGCUACUGCUACUGGAUCACUCUCUGGCACUAACUCUCUAGACGCUACUGCCACUGGAUCACUCUCUGGCUCUAACUCUCUAGAUGCUACUGCCACUGGAUCAUACUCCGGCACUAACUCUCUAGACGCUACUGCCACUGGAUCAUACUCCGGCACUAACUCUCUAGAUGCUACAGCCACUGGAUCAUACUCCGGCACUAACUCUCUAGACGCUACUGCCACUGGAUCAUACUCCGGCACUAACUCUCUAGACGCUACUGCUACUGGAUCACUCUCUGGCUCUAACUCAGUUGACCCAACAGCCACUGGAUCAUACUCCGGCACUAACUCUCUAGAUGCUACUGCUACUGGAUCACUCUCUGGCUCUAACUCAGUUGAUCCAACAGCCACUGGAUCAUACUCCGGGACUAACUCUCUAGAUGCUACUGCCAGCCACUGGUUCAUACUCUGGUUCCAACUCUGUAGACGCUACAGCCACUGGAUCAUACUCUGGCACUAA